UUAAAAAUGUAAGAAUAAAUACAAAAAUAAAUGUGGAAAUAAAUACAAAAAUAAAUAUAUUGAUUGAAAUAAAUGUCAAUCAAUAAAUAAAAGCGCUUUGCCUUAUAUUUACUUAUUUCAUUGUCAGCGCCAACUUGCAAGUGGAAAUGUAAUUCAAAUGAGGGGGCGUUCCUAAGGGUGCCAUGGGUUGAACUAUUCGCUUAUUGGUUGAUCGACAUUCGAUUUCUGAAAUCUACUAGCCAUGCCUGCCACAGAUGACAGAACGUGGGUCUGAAAGUCAGGGAAACAGCCGACCUAGUUUAGUAGUCCUACUUGGUGAGAAGUGAGAGAAUAUGCAUUAUCCACCGUCGAAUGUCAAAGCAUGGUAUAAGAAAGUUGAAUACAUGUUUGGGAUUGUUGGUGUUCCUAUCAUUGAAGUAGCCAUGGCUGCUCAGGCUGCAGGGAUCAAAUACAUUGGGAUGCGUAAUGAACAAGCGGCAUGUUAUGCUGCAUCUGCUAUUGGAUACCUCACUGGAAGACCAGGUGCCUGCUUGGUGGUGUCUGGACCUGGACUCAUUCAUGCUUUGGGCGGAAUGGCCAACUCGAACAUGAAUUGCUGGCCAGUGGUUGUUAUUGGGGGAUCCUCAGAUAGAAGCCAAGAGACAACCGGAGCCUUUCAAGAGUUUCCUCAGGUGGAAGCAUGUCGUCUGUAUAGCAAAUUCUCCGCAAGGCCAAGCAAUCUGGACGCCAUCCCUGCAGUGAUUGAAAAGGCUGUUCGUACAAGCAUGUAUGGACGCCCAGGCGCUUGUUACGUGGACAUUGCAGGGGAUAUGGUGAAUGCUAAAGUGGACCGACGCAAAGUCAGAUUUGUCCACUGCUGUCCGCCUCUUCCCAUCUGUUUAGCUGAUCACAAUGCAGUGACAGAGGCAAUCACUGUCUUGAAAUCAGCUAAAAGACCUUUGGUCAUCAUUGGCAAAGGUGCAGCUUAUGGUCGAGCAGAAGCUGCCCUGAGGGACUUUGUGGAGUUGAGCCAUCUGCCGUUCCUUCCCACGCCCAUGGGGAAGGGGGUGCUUCCUGAUGAUCACUCCAAUUGUGUGGCGGCUGCACGCUCCAGAGCUCUUCUCAAGACAGAUGUUGUGCUUCUUCUUGGAGCCCGACUUAACUGGAUCCUUCAUUUCGGUCUGCCACCUAGAUUUGACCCCGAAGUGAAGAUCAUCCAGGUUGAUAUUUGUCCUGAGGAGAUGGGAAACAAUGUGAAGCCUGCCGUUGCUCUCCUGGGGGAUAUCAAUGCUGUUGUCUGUCAGUUGCGGGACUUUCUUUUGAAAGAUGGCUGGAGGUAUCCUUCUGAUACAGAAUGGUGGAGCACACUAAAGGAGAAAAUGGACAGCAAUGCAAAAAUAUCGAAUGCGCUCGCUCUACAGUCAGUGUUACCUAUGAACUAUUACACGGUCUUUCACCACAUUUCUCGGCUGCUGCCACACGACUGCAUUAUUGUCAGUGAAGGUGCAAACACCAUGGACAUUGGACGCACUAUGUUGAAUAACUAUUUACCUCGACACAGGUUGGAUGCCGGAACAUUCGGAACAAUGGGAGUGGGCCCUGGUUUUGCUAUAGCUGCAGCUGUUGUGGAAAGGAACAAGAAUAAAGGCCAACGGGUCGUCUGUGUGGAAGGUGACAGUGCCUUUGGCUUUUCCGGCAUGGAGGUUGAAACCAUGUGCAGGUAUAGCCUUCCUAUUAUCGUGAUUGUAGUGAAUAACAAUGGUAUAUACAGCGGAGUGGACCCUGAGACAUGGAAAGAAAUGGCAAAAAUGGGAGACCUAACCAGCAUUGCACCCCCUGUGACCCUGCUCCCUGAGGCGCGCUAUGACCAAGUGAUGGCAGCAUUUGGCGGGCAUGGUUUCUUAGUGAGGACUGUGGAGGAGCUGUGUAAUGCUUUGCAGCUCAGCUUGAAUGACUGGGAGAGGCCAAGUCUUCUCAACGUGCUAAUAGACCCUUCCUCUGACAGAAAGCAACAGGAAUUCCCUUGGCUGACCCGUUCCAACUUGUAAAAGGAAAGUGAAACUAUUUUGUUAUCACAGUAGAACCACUGGACACUUAUUCCCAUGAUUAAUUACCACAAUGUUAUUAAUAUUUGUUUUUUAAGUGAAGUUGGGACAUUUUCAAAGACUGGCAAGUGACAUUCGCUGGCUUUUAAUACUCUACUGUUUGUUAAUACUCUACAGUAUAUGUAAUGCCGGACGUAAAGGACGUAGGUUUGCAAAGGGACAGCAGGGACAUAACACUCCCAACUUUUCAGGAUGCUCAAAUUAUCCCCACCAACUUUUAAGCAACCUUAUUUGCAUUAUAUAUAAUGAGUUAUAUAGGUCAUUUAGAUUGUCUUCCCAUACGUUUUAAGGAAUUGAAUAGACCUCGCAACUUCAAAAUGUUUCUUUAGAAGUUUUUGAAAACAAAGGUUCAAAUCGAACGUUGUAUCACCUGAACCAGUACACAUGAAAGUUAGUACAAGUCCAUACAGAUGUAUUUUGGAUUGAUCAUUUAACCUAUCAAUUAAUUAGGUUCAUAUUCUUGAGAAAUGUAGCCCUGACCCCCGUUCAAUAAUUUGUUUGGUCUUAUUAAUGUCCCAUCCCCAGCAAAAAGUGUAAAUGCAGGUUAUCCUGUUAUAUCGUCCCUGCCAGUGUUCGAACCAAACCUACGCCCUUGGUAUAAUGCCAGUAUUGUAUGUUCAAACGUUUUCCUUACAUCAGUUUCAUUUGACUUCCUCGCUGUAUCAUUUCUGAAGAUAUGGAUGAUGUGGAAUUUCAAAAAAUAAGGGAGGGCAACUGGGUUUAGAAUUAUGCAUUCAUUUUGAAUGUAAUUUUAUAAUUAUUAAAAUUCCUUUUAAUGAAAUUUCACAAUUAUGGAUUAUAUAAUAAAUUAAUGUUAUUUCAUAUGUAGUGACGAAAUUCUUUUAAGUUGUUUUUAUGUAUAUGGCGGAAAACACUCAGGUGACUUGAAGUUCCGCUCUGCGACCCCCACUUUGGCCAAAUUUCAAAAUUGUCCUAUAUGCAUGUGUGAUACAGAAUUAGAAAGCUUAAAAUCUCAAUUUUCUGGGGGAAGAAAUAUUUUAAACAGGAGGGCAUUUUAAAAGAAAAAUGUUAAACCCCUAAACCCUAACUCGAGGUGAGAGCAUGAGAAAGCAUAAUUAAAGACACCAUGAUUUUAACAAGAUAUUAUCGUGUACUUACCUUGUUUUGAUCCAAAAACUCUGUGUAGCAUGUCUCAUCGAGUGUCAAGACACAGCUUUGAAUGGCCACAGCCAGACUUUUGGGGGAUUUUAUGGGUGAAACACAGUAAUAUAACAAGGUUUGCAAUGCAGAAAUCGCAGGCAUCAAGGAGUGAUCGAGAUUUUCUUUUUCAAAUAUUUACCCUUUAAACGUUUUUUAAAAAAAAAUAUUUACAGACACUAUUUUUUUCAUUGUGACGGGAUUUGUUUAAAAGUUUAAGAUAUGCAAGUGAAUAAUUUUAUAAAGUCAUUUUUAACUAAAUAUUAGACAUCAAUUAAUGAUUCUAAGCUAAAAAUGAUAGACAUUUCGAAUUACUUUUUUUUAUGGCUGGGUUGAAACAAAAGCGGUUGCACGAUGUCUGUAAACAGGGGUCUCUAGGGUAAAACAGACAAAUUAAAAAUAGUUCGGGGGCUUAAUGUGCCAUGAAACUGCUAAGGCAGCAUAUCUAGACAUUUUGUUCCAUCAAACACAACAGUUCUUUUGGCUUAAAAUACAGCAGUUUUUUUUUUUUUUUUUUUUAAGAGG